AAUGGUAACGGGUAUAGAAAGGAAAAAGAAAAAGGGUCUGAGACCGAGGGAGUAUCUUACCCAAAACCCAAUUGAAGUCUGCAGAAGUCGAGUAUGGAGUUUGUCCAUCUUAUUCAGGACUAAGGAGUGUGUCAAUAAAUGGGGCGAAAAUUGGAAUGGGCAGGAAGUGGAAAGCACAUGGGAGGGAUUCCAAGGAAGAUGGUAUUCAUGGCAGUAGGGGGAUUCGCUAAGGCAGUAGCCAAUCUUCUCAACACCACCUCCGUUCAUAAUGCGGAUACACUUGUUCAUCUUGUCCGAUCUCGACCCCCUGGGGUACCCCUCAUCACUGUUAGCAAUCACAUGUCCACGUUGGAUGAUCCAGUCAUGUGGGGAUUCCCUGGCUUUCCAUCCUUUGAUGCAAAUUUGGCUCGAUGGGUACUCGCCGCAGAAGACAUUUGUUUCAAAAAUUCCGUGCUGUCUUAUUUUUUUCGCCUUGGUAAAUGUAUACCUAUUACUAGGGGUGCUGGAAUUUAUCAAGAACACAUGAAUGAAGCUCUUGAACACUUGGGCAAUGGCGCAUGGCUGCAUACAUUUCCAGAGGGAAAAGUUUUGCAAGAGGAUGCACCAAUUAGACGAUUAAAAUGGGGAACUGCAAGUCUCAUUGUCCGUGCCCCUGUAACCCCAAUAGUCUUGCCCAUUGUUCAUCAAGGUUUUGGGGAGGUGAUGCCUGAGAAUUAUUGGUUUGGAAGAAGGCCUCCUUUUCCGUUAUGUAACAAAAGAAUUAACAUAGUUGUUGGUGAGCCAAUAGAAUUUGAACUUCCUAAAAUGAGGCAAAUGGCAAUUUCUAUGUCUCGUAAAUUGCAUUUUCCUAGCAAAGGAUGGCCCAGUAUUUCCUAUUAUGGACUGGAUGAAACAGCACAGAGGUGUCUCUACAUGGCUAUUUCAGAGAAAAUCCAAAAUGUCAUGGAAAGCUUAAGAUGUUUGGGUAAAAGUUUUCUGAAGUAAAGGGUCUAAAUUUUGUGCAUCUUGAGUAUGAGAGAAUUUGGCUGUUCUUUCCUUUGAAGCAUGUGAAACGGCAGAGAAUAUAUGUUCAGCUAUUUAAAUAACUUCCAGUACUGAUAAAGAUUUUUUCCUGAUGUUCUGGAGAGGUUUGGUGGUUUAUGAGAUUUUGUUCUCUAAUUGAUAUUUUAUUAUUUAUUUAAACUUCCUUUUAUUAAACAAA